AUGAAUAAUCGUUGGGGUGUAUCUCCAAAAAGCCGUUUACCAUGGUUACCACCAAAUUUUUCAAGUUUAAGUAGAAAUUAUGGAUUACCUGGUGGUAAGAUCCUGUAUGAAAAACAUAACGUCAAGGACCCCUUAGCUGAAGGAGUUGCAUUUCGUAGCAAACAACACAACAACAGAACCCGAAUAUUAGGAAUACUAAGACAAAACACAAGUUUUUCAAAUUCCUAUUUAUCGGAUGCAAGAGAAGCUAUUCCAGCUGAGGUUGUCAAUCGGGGAUUAAGUAUCAAGGAAUUUUUAAGCAAUAGAUCCCGGAAAACUGAAGAUGCCGUAGGAGAUGUAAGUUUAAGCAAUAAAAUACCUACUGAUAAUUUUAAUUUUAUUAAUAAUAACACAUGCAAAUUACUAACAAUUGCUGAUAGUUAA